CAGGUGGCGGUCGCUGCCUCCCGGCGUCCCGGACAGCCGCCCCUCGCACCCAGGGGCCUGGGAUCAUCCUCCCGGACCCAAGAGUCUGGGUUCGCUCCUCCCGGAGCUCCGAUUCCGUGUCCCAGAUUCGAGAGCCCUAGCCUCGGUUUCCAGGACCCAGGCACCCCGGGCUCUCGCCUCCCGGGUCCGGGCGUCCCGGAUCUGUGCCACCAGGACCUAGCCUCCUGUAGACCUCCGCCACCGGUGCGCCCUCAGGCUCCCGCAGCCAAGGAUCCUUCGUCCCGGCCUGAGAAGCUUCUGGAUUUCCAACUCCCAGGACCAAGAAACCAGGUGCUCCCAACUCCUAGCUUUCGGGCAGGAAGAGCAAAGGGGCCGCAGCGCCCAGCCUGGGGAACUUAAGACACUCCGGCUUCCAAGGACCUUCGGCGCUGCGGACUCACAACUCGACGGAGCCCUCCCAGGUUCCAGCCUCCGGGCGCUGUUGCUCACCUCUCAACCCCGAAGAACGUCGGCGUCCUGAGAAGGAGCCCGGAGCGCUCCCAGCUGCCAGGCACCGAGGAACCCCGGAGCGUCCCACCAUGGUGGCCGAAACCCCUAGAGGAGAUCCCAAGGAGUUCGCGGCGGCCGAGCCCACCAAGGACAGUGGCCCGGUGUCGGUCCCUAUAGAGGACCGAGGAGCCGCAGCAGGCGUCUGCUGCGGUUCCUGGGACCAGGUGCGCCGCUGCCUUCGAUCCAACCUGCUGGUGCUGUUGACGGUGGUGGCCGUGGCGGCCGGCGUGGCGCUGGGGCUGGGGGUGGCGUCGGCCGGCGGCAGCCUAGCUCUGGGCCCGGAGCGCUUGACGGCCUUCGCCUUCCCGGGCGAGCUGCUGCUGCGCCUGCUAAGGAUGAUCAUCUUGCCGCUCGUGGUGUGCAGCCUGAUCGGUGGCGCCUCCAGCCUGGACCCCGCCGCCCUGGGCCGCCUGGGCGCCUGGGCGCUGCUCUUUUUCUUGGUCACCACUCUGCUCGCGUCGGCGCUCGGCGUGGGCUUGGCGCUGGCGCUGCAACCCGGCGCCGCCUUCACCGCCAUCAACUCUUCCGUCGGGGCCACGGGCGCUAUCGAAGCGGCCCCGAGCAAGGAGGUGCUCGAUUCGUUCCUGGAUCUUGUGAGAAAUAUCUUCCCUUCCAACCUGGUGUCUGCGGCCUUCCGCUCAUAUGCCACCUCCUAUGAACAGAAAGGGGACAAUGGAACCAAGGUGAAGGUGCCUAUAGGACAUGAGGUGGAGGGCAUGAACAUCCUGGGCCUGGUAAUGUUUGCCAUUGUCUUUGGUGUGGCCCUGAGGAAGCUGGGGCCUGAGGGGGAGCUGCUCAUUCGCUUCUUCAACUCCUUCAAUGAUGCCACCAUGGUGCUGGUCUCCUGGAUCAUGUGGUACGCCCCUGUGGGCAUCUUGUUCCUGGUGGCUGGCAAGAUUGUGGAGAUCGACGAUGUGGGGAUGCUCUUCGCGAGCCUUGGCAAAUACAUACUGUGCUGCUUGCUAGGCCAUGCCAUCCAUGGGCUCCUGGUGCUGCCCCUUAUCUACUUCCUCUUCACCCGCAAAAACCCCUACCGCUUCCUGUGGGGCAUCAUGACGCCCCUGGCCACUGCCUUCGGGACUUCCUCCAGCUCUGCCACGCUGCCGCUGAUGAUGAAGUGCGUGGAGGAGAACAAUGGCGUGUCCAAGCACAUCAGCCGCUUCAUCCUGCCCAUCGGCGCCACCGUCAACAUGGACGGUGCAGCCCUUUUUCAGUGCGUGGCCGCAGUGUUCAUUGCACAGCUCAACCGGCAACCCCUGGACUUUGUGAAGAUCGUCACCAUCCUGGUCACGGCCACAGCAUCCAGCGUGGGGGCAGCGGGCAUACCUGCUGGAGGUGUCCUCACUCUGGCCAUCAUCCUCGAAGCCAUCAACCUCCCGGUCAACGAUAUCUCCUUAAUCCUAGCUGUGGACUGGCUAGUGGACCGGAGCUGUACCAUCCUCAACGUGGAAGGUGACGCUUUGGGGGCCGGACUCCUCCAAAAUUAUGUGGAUCGUACAGAGUCGCCGAGCUCAGAGCCCAAGUUGAUCCAGGUGAAGAGUGAAAUGCCCCUGCCACUGCCGGCCCCUACUGAGGAAGGGAACCCCCUCCUCAAACACUACCAGGGGCCUGCUGGGGAUGCUGCCACCUCUGAGAAGGAAUCAGUCAUGUAAACCCUGGGAGGGACCUUUCCUGUCCUGUUGCGGGGCACAUUGGACAUUGAGAUCAUGAGGAGUGGAUAAAUGGACAAACGGAGGCUCUAGGGGACUGCCUACACACUCUGGGCAGCCAGGGGCACCAGCCCCCUCCUGGACAGGAGAUCUGGGAGGCCUUGCCGCUGGGGUUCAUGUGUAUGUGUGUGUAUGAAUGCAUCUCCCCAGUCCUCAUCUCAUGUCCCUGACCCAAGGCUAGGAAACAGCAAGAUGGAGAAAUAAUGUCUUCCUGCUCCACAACCUCCUCCACCCACCCACCCACCACCAGGGCCUGCCUGGCCUUCCCUGUCUCAGGGCACAGGUCACCAUGUGGAAUUCUGCACCCUUUUAGGGCAAGGCUAUUUUGACAUGAUGCUGAUUAUUUUGGUGGCUGUAGCUGUGUGUGUGUGUGUGUGUUCUAUGACCACCUACUCUCUAUGGUACAUCCCAUCGUGUGUGUGUGUGUGUGUGUGUGUGUGUGUUCUAUGACCACCUACUCUCUAUGGUACAUCCCAUCCUGUGUGUGUGUGUGUGUGUGUGUGUGUGUGUGUGUUCUAUGACCACCUACUCUCUAUGGUACAUCCCAUCCUGUCCCUAGACCCUGUGUUCCCUCCACAGUAACAGAAACACUCCCAGGAACAUUUUUUUUAAACCAUAAAAUUGAAUGUCAAGUAUAUUUGAUCAGGCAUUUCUAAGAAUUUGACUAAAAGUACUAGCCACAACAACAUCUGUUCAUCAAGAAAUGCCACUGGAAACCACAACGAGACACCAUUGUACACCUGUUAGAAUGGCUAAAAACAAAACAAACACCACCAAGCUCUAAGGAUGAGGAGCAACUAGUCUCUUAUACAUUGCCUGUGGGAAUGCAAAAUGGCCCAGUCAUUCUGGAAAAUAACUGGGCAGUUUCUUAUAAAGUUAAAAUAUUCACUUAGCAUGCAUCUUAGGAGUCACACUCCUGGGUAUUUACCCAAGAGGAAUGAAAAGGGCUGUUCACAGAAAAACCUGCACACAAAUGUUUAUAGCUGCUCUAUUCAUUGUUGCCAAAAUUUGGGAACAAAUCAAUUGGUACCUUUAUACGAUAGAAGGCUACUCAGCAAUAAAUAGAAACAGUAUACUGCAGCAUGGGUGAAUCUCACAGAUAAUUUCUUGAGAUAAAGAAGCCAGAAACAAAAUACCAACUGUAUAGUUGUAUAUCAGCUGUAUAGAUGAAGGUCUACAACAGUUCAGAUCCCUGUACCGGCCAGCCACCACCCCCCCUCAAGAAAAAAAAAUAAACAUAGAUGAAGAUCUAGAACAUGCUAAACUGGCCUAUGGUAAGAGAAAUCAGAAUUGUGACCUAAGAAUGCACAUUGACUGGGAGGGCACAAAGGAACCUUCUAUGAUAAAGCAACUAUCCUGUUAAUCUUGAAAUAGGUAAUGGGUACACAGGUGUAUACAUCUGGAUGCAAAUUAAUUGGAUACAAAUUAAUUUGCAUACAAAUUAAUUAACCUGUACAUUUAAGAUUUGUGCAUUUUUCCCUAUUCUAGUUAAAAAUUUUGUACAAUGCAUGGUAAGAUUUUUCAUUGUAACCACCUACAUAGGAAUGCAGGUAUCCUUUGAUAUCUGAAUUGUCACCAUACAAAUAGUCCUAAUGAUGACUUGCUCUUUUGAAACCCAAAGUUUGCUAUUUGAAUCAAAAAACCCCUGGGCAACUGUUUUAAGUCUUUUUUUUUUUUUUUUUUGCUGGCGACUGGCUGGUACAGGGAUCCAAACGCUUGACCUUGGUGUUAUAAUGUUUUAAGUCUUGUGUGAGUCAGAAUAUGGACUUUGCUGCUGUUGCUUCUCACCUUCUAGCGGGAUCCUGUCUUGUGCACUGUUGAAGCAUGUUAGACAUUGUCGAUGUUUUCUUCCUCUUCAGUAGUCCCUGUAUUGACCUCUGCCAGGUGCCUGGAGGCACUACCAACCUGGGUCCAAUUAUAAAUGGUAUCUUGAGUAUCUUCAGCAUCUUCUGGUUUUGUUACACUCCAUGACCAUUGCGGGGUGGAAGGAAAAUAGAAUUUAUAUCUGAUUCUGCAGAACUGUUUAUUGUCUACAAACAUAGCAUAUUUGAUUCUGUGCAGAAUUGUGUAUUGCACAGAAACGGAGCAUAACCAUUAAUGAGUUUAAGUGUUAAAUAAUUAGGUAAUUGGUGUUUUAAAUGCUUUCUAUUAUCCCAUGGUCCUUGGGUUGUUAUAUUGGUGUUUAAGAAUUUUAAUGAUACUUGAGGAAAUCGGUUGGGGGUUUUGGAUGGAGCUGUGAGUGCAUUGUUUUCCCUACUUUAAAGAGUGGUUUAUCCAAAAAUUUGCUACUUAACACUUUUGGAACGGAUUAGAUUUGGAUUAUGAAGGAUGUCUGUUUAUAGAGAUACAUACAUUCUCACUUACAUAAUAUAUUGCAUUACAAUCUAUGUAUACAAUAUGUGUACAUACAAAUAUGUA